AUGGUAGAUCCGCGCUAUUCCGCAACCGUCGAGUCGUGGCGUCUGCUCGACAUGAUACUGGACUCGUUCGCGUCGGACCAACUAUCGCUGCCGACUGCAGCUCGCUUGCGCGUUAAAAGCAACGUCACCUUUCGUGCGUGUCGCGAUUUCCCAUAUUUCCCCAUUCCAUUCAAGGAGACCGAGACCACAGCAGCCCUCAAGGCCGUCGAGGCAGCCGUCGCUGCUGCGAUUUUGGACGCCCGGAAUGACACGGAUUUGCUCAAGGCCCAGUCCGAUCCCUAUCGGCGCAUGAGCGCGAACCUGUACGAGACGAAGCGUCCGGGAGAAUAUUACCAUAUCCAUGGAUCUCUGGAAGCUUCGACUACUUUGGGGAUGGUUGGCCUGGAACCCUUCCGCCCGGAUCUCAAAACCCAUCAGGAAAUCUCGGGUACCAUCGAAUCCGCAGUAAAGCAGUUCACAGUAGAGGAACUUGAGCAGAUGAAUGCAGAAAAUCGACAAGCCGGGGUGCCUGUACUCAAGCAUGAAGAUUUUCUCAAAACGCCUCAUGGCCAAGUGAUAUCCAAAAGCACCCCCUGGUCAAUAAUACCCCUCGAAGAAUCGACAUCACCGUGCCCAUUCCCCCCUGCAAAGGACAACCGCCCUCUGUCCGGGGUUAGAGUAUUGGAAAUGUGCCGCAUAAUCGCCGGCCCGACAAUUGCACGGAUCCUGGCCGAAUAUGGCGCCACGGUGCUUAAAAUCACGAGCCCGAACCUGAGCGACGUACCGUUUUUCCAAGUCGACGGCAAUAUGGGCAAGCACGCAGCAGAAUUGGACCUUAAAACGACGGCCGGCCGCGCCGAAUUCGACAAGCUUUUGAUGGAAGUCGACGUUGUGGUGGACGGUUAUAGGCCUGGGGCCUUGGAAAAGCUCGGCUAUGGUCCUGAAGCUUUGAGCCGGCUGGCCGAGAACAGGGGUAAAGGGGUAGUUUAUGUUAACGAAAACUGCUUCGGCUAUGAGGGCGAAUGGGCUCACCGUCCAGGCUGGCAACAAAUUGCGGAUUGUGUUACCGGCAUCGCCUGGGAGCAAGGCCGUUUUAUGGGCCUGUCGGAACCCGUCGUGCCGCCAUUUCCCAUUUCCGACUACGGCACCGGCUGCAUGGGCGCCAUCGCCGCGCUGGCGGGGCUGCUGAACCGCACCGAACGCGGCGGUUCCUGGCACGGCCGCGCGUCACUGGUGCAGUACGACAUGCUCCUUUUCCGCGCCGGCGCAUACCCGGACCACGUUUUGCGGCGGUUGCGGGAGGAAUGCGCCAAUUGGGACGGUUUCGAGGCGCUCCGCCACGACAACAGCGUCGACCAGAUCAGCGGCGCCGUGCUGCGUGGGAUGCGGCAAAGGUUUUCGGACUUUUUUGCCAGGGAGGACCUGAUGGAUUCUUGGUUUUCGGCAAAGUACGGCGCCGAAGUCAGGGUCGUCGCGCCCGUCGUGGAGAUCGAGGGGGCGGAAAUUUCUUUUUCGAGGGCAAGUCGGCCGAAUGGGUCGGAUCCAGCGACGUGGGAUUUUGGUAAUAAUGGGGAUUAUCGGAUGAAAAGAUGA